ACAAUAAUGUCUUUCUAUUUUGUUUCUCUUUUUUUAUAAAAAUAAAAAAAUAAAUUUAUUUCCAUUUGCAUCAUAGAAAGCUCACAACGUACCCUACAAAAACCCAUCAUUCCUCCCCUUCAAUUCCAGGUGGACGACAACUCGGAGGAAGCCCAAACACAGAUGGCCGAUUCAACUCCGCUUCUCUCCGAGUCAGAUUCACCCAACUCAUCGGAAACCCGGAGCCUUCAAAAGCCUCUCCCCUUCCCCUCCCCCUCCCCCUCCCUCGACGACGUCAUCGAACAGUACUUGACCCGAUCCGGAAAAUCCCAGUUCCUCCAAGCCUUCCUCAUCUCCUUUGCCUGCUUCUUCGACGCCCAGCAAACCUUCAUCACCAUCUUCACCGACGCCCAACCCAAGUGGCACUGCACCACCUCCCAUCCCGCACUCCAGUCCUCCUGCAACGCCGAAGACCUCUCCGCCCUCUGCCGCCUCCCCGCUGCGUCCUGGUCCUGGGACCUCCCCAAACAUGCCUCCACCGUCUCCGAUUGGUCCCUCCACUGCUCCGCCUCCGUCGUCGCUGGCCUCCCCGCCUCCUCCUACUUCCUGGGCUGCUUACUCGGCGGCUUCCUCCUCUCCACCCUAGCAGACUCCUCCCUCGGCCGCAAACAAACCCUUUUCCUCUCCUCCCUCCUCAUGUCCACCGCAGCCUUCCUCGCCGCCUUGUCCCCCAACGUCUGGAUCUACUCCCUUCUCAAGUUCCUCAGCGGCUUCGGCCGCUCCACUAUCGGCAGCUGCGCCCUCGUCCUGUCCACCGAAACCGUCGAAAAACGGUGGCGGGGACAAGUCGGCAUCGGCGGAUUCUUCUGCUUCUCGCUCGGCUUUCUGUCCUUACCCGCCGUGGCUUUCCUCAACCGCGGCUCCUCCUGGCGAGUCCUCUACCUCUACACCUCCCUUCCCACGCUCUUCUACUGCGUUUUGAUCUAUGUUGCCGUCCGGGAGUCUCCCCGGUGGCUUUUUGUCCAAGGACGAAAGGAAGAAGCAGUCGCCACGCUGAAGAGCAUUGCUCCGAGCUUGACCGCGAGCUUCUCCGGCAUGAUCCCUGUCGCGGAGACCACGUACUCGUCGCUAAAAGUUCUGGUGCAAAAGAGAUGGGCUCUGCGGCGGUUACUGGCGGCUAUGGCGGUGGGUUUCGGAAUCGGGAUAGUGUACUACGGGAUGCCGCUGGCGGUGGGAAGCUUGCCGUUCGACUUCUACCUGAGCGUGACGUUUAACGCGUUGGCGGAGGUGCCGUCGGCUCUGGCCACGGUGGUUCUGAUCGACAGGAUGAACAGAAGGACAGCGGUGAUGGUUUUUGGUGGGCUGAGCGGAAUUUGCAGCGUGGCGUGCGCGUGGGCAGGGACCGCGUGGGAUUUAGGGAUGGAGCUAACGUCUUUUUUCAGCGCGUGCACGGCGUUCAACGCGGCGCAAAUAUACACGAUAGAGUUGUUCCCGACGUGCGUGAGGAACUCAGCGGCGUCGCUGCUGAGGCAGGCGAUCAUGUUCGGCGGAGUGUUUAGUCCGGUGCUGAUCGCCGCCGGAAGGGGGGGAAGGUGGCUGUCGUUCGGAGUGUUUGGGUUGGCGAUAGGGUUAUGCGCAUUGUUUGCUGUGUUUUUGCCGGAGACAAGGGGCCGGAAGCUUUGUGACACAAUGGAGGAGGAAGAACAGAUUCAACAGAAGAGUGCCAAACCAGUUACUACUGUGUAGUGUGCAGUUUAAAAAAAAGAAACACACUCGCAGGGCUCUGGUUCCUGGAAGUGGAAUGUUAUUUAUUUCAAUUUUCACGUAAGGCUGUUAACUAGUGAAACUUUUUUUGGGAUUUAAAAUUAGGUUAGAUGUGGAAAAGAAAUAUGAUAUCGAUGGUGUGUAUUGAAACCCGAAUCAAUGAAACCAUCUUAUGACGAUGGUGUAAAUUUCUCCUCCCUUGUAA